AGGCGGGGGGGGGUUAAGGAACCCCAGGAAAUACCAUAUAUGGGCAGAGAUGGCGACAGCUAGCGACCCGGGUGCAUAAACUCACAGAAACAUGUGACUUCUGGGAAAUCAUGUGUUUCUGAAGAAAUGAAAGCUAAGGAUAAACAAACAGAGCAUGCGUACGCAGGCGCUCUGAAAGAUUUGUGAGCACGGCACAAAAAGGGUGCAGCCGGCCUGCUGGUCAGCACAGAUUGGGCAGCGUCACAACUCUAAGCCAAUGAAUUUGCUUGUGGGCGGGCAUAACCCGAACCCUGUAGUGUGUAUAAAUGUUCACUCAGCAUGCCACUGGCCGGUUCCCCUGGAGAAGCACUUACUUUGUGCUAGGGGGACCCCUAGUGGCCAUUAGCGAAAUAAAACUGCUUUCUGGGAAAUUCCUUCAGUUGUCCGUCUUCAAAAUUCCUCCACUGCGCCAACAAGAACCGUAGCACGAAGGUUCCGCUACAUUUUCUGGUGACCCCGACGUGAUUUUUUCCUAUAAGACGGGCCAGGAGAUUUGGAGACGGAUCCCGUUGGCGGGACGGCCUCAACUCAGCGGUGGGGGCCUGAGGCAACUACCGUGAGACGAGAAGGGGCCCCUGAAUACUACACGACCGGCUGCGGUGCUUGCCUCUGAUUGCCAACGCCGACUGACGGUGAGAGCUGCAACAUCAGCGAGGUUCCACAGAAACCGGCUAGGAGGAAAAGGAUCCAGGGGAAAAAGCCCAGGGGCGAAGGUUGGUCCGACGUCUACAGAAAUCUGGCAAGUAUAGGGGUUUGCAUGAGAUAUUAAGGGAACGCCAGCGCUGGGAGGGACAAAAAAAAAAAAAAAAAAGUUCCCAGGGAGGUAGAAAGGGGUUCUGUCUUGUGUUUCCUGACGCAUGCCGUGAGUGGCCGGGUGCCCAGGCCAGGACAGUCCCCUCUAUUAGGCAGGAUGGGAGGGAAAAAUUCAAAGAGCUCCACUCCCUUACAAUGCAUCUUAGAUAAUUUUGGCUCUUUUGCUAGCAGAGCCGUAGCAGGGAAUCCAAGGGACCUAAGAGAUUAUAGGCUGAGAAAUUUGUGUCAGGGAGAAUGGCCAGAUUUUGGUUUAGGUUGGCAAGUAGAAGGAACGUGGGAUCUGAAACUGAUCCGAACAGUGGAAGAAUAUUGUGCUGUGAAUCAUCCGAACCAGUGGGUCUAUAUUGCUACGUGGGAACGGGUAGUUAGAGAAGAUCCAGGUUGGGUUCGACUGUGCAGGAAUGGCAAAUGUAUGGUGGUGAAGAAGGAGGGGAAAAAGAAGGAAGUUUUCCAAUCCAAUGAGGAGGACUACCCAGAUUUACAGUUGAGUGUACAGGCUAGACAACAGGAAUUAUUGCCGCCACCCUUGCCACCGCCCCCCCCACCCCAGGGAACAGCCCCCACACUAGGAACGAGACCCCCACCCUACUCUUCGGAGUCAACCGAAGCGGCCAAGAAACACUAUCCUAGCCUAGAAAAAUAUCAGGAGGAAACAAAGGAAAAGAAGAAGUCACAACGGAUGCCCAGUGAUGCUUCUCCGGCACAAACUCGGAGACAUGGAGCUCCGGUGUGGUCUGGUGAUUCACCGACCGGACCGGCCCUCCAGAUGCCCUUGAGAACGGUGCCUGUGAUAAACAACAGGAAUGAGAUAGUUCAAGCAUACCAGGUAGUGCCUUUCAGUAGUAGUGACAUUUUGAAUUGGAAAAAUAAUACUCCACCUUAUAGUGAAGAACCCCAAGCUAUGGCUAGGCUAUUGGAAGGGAUUAUGGCAACCCAUAAUCCCACCUGGCAAGAUUGCAGACAAUUGUUGAAUAUGUUGUUCACAUCAGAGGAGAGAAGAGCAGUGUUGAAUAAUGGGGUAGCCAUAGCCCAGGUUGGUGCCCCACAAGAUGGUGAUGCAGCCGAGUGGGGAGCACAGAGGUUUCCUGUGGAAAUAGAUCCCCAAUGGGACACCACAGAAGAAGGACAUUUGCAGAGACUGAGAGGAUUCCAGCGUAUAUUGGUAGAAGCGGUAAAGAGGGGCCCGCCGCGACCCGUCAACAUUGUAAAAAUUCAGGGAGUGGUACAGGAAAAAUCUGAGUCACCAACAGCCUUUUUGGAAAGGCUGGAGGCAGCAUAUAGAAAGUAUAGCCCGUAUAAUUUGGAGGAUGAAAACGGUAGGAGGGCGAUUCAACAGUCUUUUAUCAGUCAAGCGGCUCCUGACAUCCGGAGAAAGAUUCAAAAGCAACCAGGAUUUCUAGGAAAGACUAUGAAUGAAUUGUUGGCACUCGCAGAUCAAGUUUAUAUGGCGAGGGACCAGGUAGAAGAAGAGAAGAAGGACAGGAAGAAGAAGCAGGAAUACCAAGCAUUAGUUACCAUGAUGGAACAAAGUGCAAGUGGACAGAGAGGAAGAGGAGGAUAUGCCAGAGGGGGACAAGGAGGAAGAAGGGGGCCCCCUCGGAGGUUAGGUCGAGACCAAUGUGCUAAAUGUAAGAAGUUUGGACACUGGAAAGGUGAAUGCCCAGAAGGAAGAGAAGCUCUUGUUUUGUUGGACCCCGGGGAGCCGAUGGUCACACUUGAAAUCGGGGACCAACAAUUGGACUUUUUAGUGGACACAGGUGCCGAAAAAUCAGUAGUAAAUACAAAAAUUAGUCCACCAACUCGGGAAACUACGAAAGUAAUAGGGGUGUCUGGGAAGACCCAGAAGUGCCCCUUCCUUAAGGAACGCACCUGCAAUCUGGCCGGACAUCAGGUCAAGCAUAAGAUGUUAUAUCUCCCAGACUGCCCAGUCCCUUUAUUGGGAAGGGACAUUUUAUCAAAAUUACAAGCACAACUCCAGUUCAUGAAGAAUGGACAAGUGGAGCUAUCAUUUCCCAUGGAAGAGGAAUGGAGACUGUUUCAAGUUAGGAUUUUUACUGAAGAAAUACAAUGGCCAUGGCAUGAGACUCCUUUAGUGUGGGCAGAAGAUAAUCCUCCAGGAUUAGCUAAAUAUGUUCCACCGGUGGUGGUGGAAGUGAAAAGAGGAAUGGGGCCCAUAUGCAAGCCACAGUAUCCCGUCAGUCGAGAGGCAGUGCAGGGGAUCAGAAAGCAUCUAGAGCGACUCCUGCAGCAUGGGAUAUUGGUACCAUGCAGUUCCCCAUGGAACACGCCCCUGCUCCCAGUCAAGAAACCAGGAGGACAAGGAGAAUAUCGCCCAGUCCAAGAUUUGCGGGCUGUAAAUCAAGUCACCGUUCCCCUAACCCCGGUAGUGCCAAAUCCAUACAUCAUGAUGAGUCUAGUACCAGCAUUUGCCAAAUGGUUUACUGUAUUGGAUUUAAAGGAUGCAUUCUUUUGCAUUCGAUUGGCCCCUGUAUCCCAACCGAUCUUUGCUUUCCAGUGGGAAUCUCAGCAGUCAGGGCAAAGGACCCAGUAUGUUUGGACACGCCUUCCUCAGGGGUUCCGGGACAGCCCGACCAUUUUUGGUCAAGCCCUGGCCAAAGACUUACAGGAUUUUGUAAUACCUAAGGAAGAGGGAAUUUGGCUUCAAUAUGCAGAUGACCUGCUUAUCGCUUGCCGGACACUAGGGGGCUGUAAAGAGCAUACUUUGAGAUUUCUCAAGACAUUGGAAGAAAAGGGUUACAAAGUGUCAAAGAAAAAGGCCCAGUUGUGCUGUCCCACGGUGAAAUAUUUGGGGUUCCAUCUGACCGAAGGAAAGAAGAUGUUAGGAGCUGAAAGAAAGGAAGUUGUUUGUGCCAUCCCCACUCCCAGUACCCGGCGACAGGUGCGGGAAUUUUUGGGAUCAGCAGGAUAUUGUAGACAGUGGAUCCCCAACUACGCCGUGUUGGCUAAGCCACUGUACCAGGCUACGAGAGGUGGAAGAGAAGAUCCAUUUGAGUGGACAGAAGAAUGUCAACAGGCAUUUAAGGCAUUAAAAGAAGCAUUGAUGUCAUCUCCAGCAUUAGGACUGCCCGAUUUGGAAAAACCAUUCACUCUGUUCGCUGCAGAGCGGGAAGGAACAGCGGUUGGAGUAUUGACCCAACCACUAGGUUCAUGGCAAAGGCCGAUUGCCUACUUGUCAAAGCAAUUGGACACAGUGGCUCGUGGAUUGCCACCUUGCCUGAGGGCUGUGGCAGCAUCAGUAGAUUUAAUCAAAGAAGCGAAUAAAUUGACCCUAGGACAGCCACUGACAGUUAAGGUGCCCCAUAGCGUUAAGGCACUGUUAGACAUUAAGGGACCGCGCUGGCUCACAAGUGAGAGGUUAAUGAAAUAUGAGGGAUUGUUGUGUGACAACCCACUGGUGACCCUGGAGACUUGCUCCACUCUGAAUCCGGCCACCUUGCUCCCGACUCCAGGAGACACCACGAUCCAUCAGUGUGCCCAGGUGAUGGAUGAGGUAUUCUCCAGUCGACCGGAUUUGAAGGAUGUGCCACUAACUAAGGUGGACGACACUCUGUUCACAGAUGGAAGCUCCUUUAUGGAAAAUAAUCAAAGACACUCAGGUUAUGCGGUUGUUCGGUGGGGGGGAGAGACGCUGGAAGCAGAGUCACUGCCCCCGGGGACGUCUGCCCAGAAGGCCGAAUUGAUUGCCCUGACCCGAGCGUUGGAAUUGUCAAGCGGAAAGCGGGUUAACGUCUACACAGACUCAAAAUAUGCCUUCACCACCCUCCACGCACAUGGAGCACUGUACAAGGAGCGCGGGCUCCUCACGUCUGGAGGAAAGUGCGUGAAACAUGCUGGAGAGAUUGUGGAUCUCCUGGAGGCGGUUUGGAAGCCAAGGCAGGUGGCUGUGAUGCAUUGUAAAGGGCACCAACGUGGAGACGAUCCCGUAGUGCAAGGAAAUAGGCAGGCUGAUCUGGCAGCCAAAGAGGCAGCUAGGCUGCCCUAUAUUGAACAUCAGGUAAUGGCCCUACAGGUAGAAUUAACUGAACAUAACAUUACAUAUACACCAGAGGAAGAAGAAUGGGCCUUAAAGGAGAAGGGUCAGUGGUCAGGAGAACUCAUAGUGAUGCCAGACGCCCGUGUCUACGUCCCUAAGGACUUGGCAUGGCACUUAGUCCAACACAUGCACCAAAACACACAUUUAGGAAAAAUGGCAUUGGCAAAUCUGCUAGGACGACAGUUGUAUAUCGAUGGAUUACAUAGCCUAACGGCAGCAGCAGCCCGAAGAUGCUGGACAUGUAUCAAAAAUAACCCCAGAGAAGGACCCCUCAAGCCACCAGGAGUCCAACAUGUGGGUGGGGUACCCUUUGAAGCUUUAGUCACUGACUUUACAGAAAUGCCCCCAUACAAAGGAUACAAAUAUUUACUGGUGUUCGUGGACACAUACACAGGAUGGGUGGAAGCUUACCCUACAAGAACUGAGAAGGCUGUAGAGGUGUCAAGAGCUCUAAUGAAAGAUGUUAUUCCCAGAUUUGGCAUACCCUUAGAAAUUGGAUCAGAUAAUGGCCCCGCAUAUAUUCAACAGGCUGUGCAAGGAUUAUGUAGAAUUUUGGGCAUAAAAUGGAAGUUACAUUGUGCAUAUAGACCCCAAUCUUCUGGAAAAGUGGAAAGAAUGAAUAGGACAUUAAAGGCUCAGCUUGGGAAACUUUGCCAAGAGACAGGAUUGCCGUGGACGGUGGUUUUGCCCAUGGCAUUAUUAGGAAUCAGAUGUACACCACACAAACGGACAGGACUCUCCCCUUUUGAAAGACUCUAUGGACGACCCCCUUUGAACUUGAAGGGAGCCUUAGAGACAGGAGCUGAGCAGCACCUCAUAGGAGAGAAACAGACAUUGGCCCAGGUUCAGGCUUUGGGCAGACAAAUGCAGCAGUUAGAAAAAUACAUUUCUGAAUUGAACCCACCAUUCCCUACCACACCUCUACAUUGUUUUUCACCAGGUGACGAGGUUCUGGUCAAGGAUUGGAAGAUUGAGCCAUUGGGACCCAAGUGGCGAGGACCCUAUGUUGUGCUCCUGUCUACCCCCACUGCAGUGAAGGUGAAGGAGAUUAAGCCGUGGAUACAUUACACCCGUGUAAAACUAGCACCUGAGGAGUGGCGGACGGAGCGAGUUCCUGGUGAGGACCUGAGACUCAGGAUCAUCCGGCAACUCCCUAAGGGGUCAACAAGGCCAUGAAGCUGAUCCCUUCGGGUGCAACGGAGCGUCGGUGGUCAAGUAUGUCGCAGCAUGGCCCAACAAAGGCGCUCUCCGGGAGAUGGUGGCUAGACAUUUUGAGAGGAAAAAGUGGGAGACAAGCUAUGAGGAGGGGAGGAAAGCGCACUGUGUUUGGUAUAUUAUUUGUGCUGAGUUUUAUUCUCUCUUUUGGAAAAAGAGCACAUGGGAAUUGGAUAAAAGAACAUGCCAAUUAUAUGUUUGAGCAGCACGGGAAAGAGGUAGCAUUAAUAUAUGAACACCCCCUCACCGUAGGAGAUUUUUCAUUUCUUCCCGAUUUAAUUGAUGAACCACAGAUUGUGUUGGAGGGAUUGUCCAAGGCUCAGGAGGGUCCACCUACCGUGUUUUCUAGCAUACCGCAAAGGAUAAAUAAAACUCGGUUUCGACGGUUUAGAUACCAUACCUCCACCAGGGGUUUGUGCUUCUGUUGUGGAGGAUCGGGAAUAUGGAAUUCUGAGUGGAAACACUGGGGAACUAGGCAGGCGUUCUUUUCCCGAUUAGGCAAUUAUUCCCAUUGUCGAGACCGGUUCUAUCUACAUGGACGAUUUAAUACAUCUUAUGUCUCACGAUUAAAUCUAACCGCAACCGAGUGGGCUAGCAUGUAUCCAGAUUAUCCCACAUUUAGUGUGAAUGAUUCUAUUGAGGGCCUAAAAUCUUAUAUGAACAUACUGCAACAAUUAACCCAACUGAGCCUAGGUAAAAGCCUCUGUCCGUUAUGGCAAAUUAGGGAUCCAAAUCUAUGGUUUUUCUUUGAUAAAUGGGCCACAAAUUAUCA